AGCCGAAUUCUCGUGACGAUCACUGUACAGUAUACACCCGACGCGUAAGUUAGAACUCGUCACCAUCUACACCCUUGUUUCUCAAGUCGCAGGCACUUUUCUCUCUCUUCUCUGACGGAGAAGCACGAUGCAGGCUGUUUCGAGACGAUUAGGGCACCAAAUUUUGAAACCCUCACCUUCGAUUUUCUCUCUCAAAUCCAUCUAUCCACUCUCUGAUCAUUAUUAUGGUGCGGAUCAUCCGAGGUACGCAUCUACCCUUACCACUAAAGGUGUGGGACAUCUAGUUCGCAAAGGCACUGGUGGAAGAUCAUCUGUUAGUGGCAUUGUUGCUGCAGUAUUUGGAGCUACUGGGUUUCUUGGGCGUUAUCUUGUGCAACAGCUUGCUAAAAUGGGAUCUCAAGUGUUGGUUCCCUUCCGAGGUUCUGAUGAUUCUCAUCGUCAUCUCAAAUUGAUGGGUGAUUUAGGGCAGAUUGUUCCAAUGAAAUACAACCCACGCGAUGAAAAUUCAAUCAAGGCAGUGCUGGCAAAGGCUAAUGUUGUUAUCAAUCUUAUUGGAAGGGAAUAUGAGACUAGAAACUAUAGCUUUGAGGAAGUGAACCAUUAUAUGGCUGAACAGCUUGCAAUGAUUUCCAAAGAACAUGGUGGUAUCAUGAGAUUUGUGCAAGUUUCUUGCUUAGGAGCAUCACCAUCAUCUCCAUCCAAAAUGCUUAGAUCCAAAGCUGCUGCUGAGGAAGCUAUAUUACGAGAGCUACCUGAGGCCACAAUUUUGAAACCUGCGGUGAUGAUUGGCACGGAGGAUCGGAUUCUAAAUCCAUGGGCACAUUUUGCAAAAAAAUAUAGCUUUCUUCCUCUUUUCGGGGAUGGAUCUACGAAAAUCCAACCUGUAUAUGUUGUUGAUGUUGCUUCUGCCGUUGUGGCGGCAUUGAAAGAUGAUGGCACCAGCAUGGGAAAAACUUAUGAACUAGGCGGACCAGAGAUCUUUACGAUGCAUCAAUUGGCAGAGCUGAUGUAUGACAUGAUCCGUGAAUGGCCUCGCUAUGUGAAAAUUCCUUUUCCUAUUGCCAAGGCGAUUUCAAUGCCUCGAGAAAUAGUGCUUAAAAAAGUUCCCUUUCCAAUGCCCACUCCGACAAUAUUCAAUCUGGAUCUCAUCGAAGCAUUUUCCAUAGAUACAGUCGUGUCGGGAGAUGCUUUGACUUUUGAUGAUCUUGAGCUUGUCCCGCAUAAGCUGCAGGGAUAUCCAGUUGAGUUUCUUAUACAAUAUCGUAAAGGUGGGCCACAAUAUGGUUCUACAGUCAGUGAAAGAGUAUCUCCAGAGUCGUGGCCCUGAGGUUCUUUGGAUUUUUGAUCUUGUCCUUUGGUCAUCUGGUUGGGAACUUUGAAACAGGUAUGGAUUUUUGACCUUUAUGUUUAAUGUACCACACAGACUGCAAGUAUCAGCCUUGUGUUUCCUUCCAUAUUCCUUGGCUAUCAUGUGGUGAUCUUAGAAGCGGGGUGCUACUCUGAUCCUCGUACUAAUCAGUUUAGCUUUCAAAAUUAGGUUUCGGAAGCGGCCUUUUGCUGCUGAGACAAACUAGGAAGGAAUAAAGAAUGGAGUCUUCAAUGAUUUCAUGUGUGUAUAAUUCUGAGAAAUAUUGGGGUCCCUUGUUCUUAAAAGUAGGCAGGUGAUUUGUAUUGGCUGGUUCUCAAGCCUUGGGUUUAUUAUCAAACUGGAGGAAUCAGUUUGUAUUUGUUUCUUUGAUCCAUCAAUUUCAAUUUAAAAUGGAAUAGCUCAUAAUAUAUUCACUGGCCGUUUAUGUAUUGA